AUGUUGACGAAUCGAUUCGGCUCGAGUUUCCACAAAGCACCGUCGACGCAUGACAGCCAGCCGCUCGUAGUAAGGGUAUGCGCGAACCGCGCAGAAGGAACAGGAAGAGGUGGAGAAUGCGAUAGAAUAGGAGAGGGAAAAUCGGCAGGAGGAGGAAAUGGAGGUGGAGAUGAAGCUGGAGGUGGUAGUAGCGGAGGUGGUGAUGGUGGUGGAAAUGGUGGAGGUGACGGAAGUGGUGGUAACGACGAAGGUGGUGGUAGUGGUGGCGGCGGCGCAGCUGGGGAAGGAGAAAACGGUGAAAUGGAGGAAUCGAAGGUCGAGCUAUGCAAUCACCGGAAGAGUGGUGCCAGUGGUGGUGGAGGUGGUGGUGACGCGAUGGUGGGUGGUGGUAGCAACAGUAACAACGAUGACAACGGAAGGAAGAACAAUGGCAGCGGGCAAGACAACGAGCAAUGGUUGCGAGACACUAGCGGUGUAACGGAUAUAAUGGUAGCGGUGGUUCCAGCGGGCCGGACGAUAACAACAGAGGUGGAGAAAAGUUUGUAA